GCGCGCACCCGGCGGGAGACAGCAUGGUGCGCGCGGCACCAUGGGGCCCGACAGAGUGACCGCCCGGGAGCUGUGCGAGAACGACGACCUGGCCACCAGCCUGGUCCUGGACCCCUACCUUGGCUUCCGCACCCAUAAGAUGAACGUUAGCCCCGUGCCCCCCCUGCGGCGACAGCACCACCUGCGCUCAGCGCUGGAAGCCUUCCUGAGGCAGCGGGACCUGGAGGCUGCGUACCGGGCCCUGACGCUGGGAGGCUGGAUGGCCCACUACUUCCAGAGCCGGGGCCCGCGGCAGGAGGCUGCCCUCAAGACCCACAUCUACCGCUACCUCCGCGCCUUCCUGCCUGAGAGCGGCUUCACCAUCCUGCCCUGCACCCGCUACUCCAUGGAGACCAACGGCGCCAAGAUCGUGUCCACCCGAGCUUGGAAGAAGAACGAGAAGCUGGAGCUGCUGGUGGGCUGCAUCGCCGAGCUGCGGGAGGCAGACGAGGGGCUGCUGAGGGCGGGCGAGAACGACUUCAGCAUCAUGUACUCCACCCGCAAGCGCAGCGCGCAGCUGUGGCUCGGGCCCGCGGCCUUCAUCAACCACGACUGCAAACCCAACUGCAAGUUUGUGCCCGCAGACGGGAACGCGGCCUGCGUGAAGGUGCUGCGGGACAUCGAGCCCGGGGACGAGGUGACGUGCUUCUACGGCGACGGCUUCUUCGGGGAGAAGAACGAGCUCUGCGAGUGCUACACCUGCGAGAGGAGAGGGGAGGGCGCCUUCCGGCAGCGCCCCCGGGAGCCCCUGCCGCCGCGGCCCCUGGACAAGUACGAGCUCCGGGAGACCAAGCGGCGGCUGCAGCAGGGCCCGCCGGGCGCCCGGGCCUGCGCCCACCUGGCCGCGCCGCGCUGGGACCCCUUCUGCGCCUCCUGCCAGCCCCUGUGCCCGCUGCCCUGCGGCACCCGCCCCGCCGCCUCACCCCUCUGGCUCCAGUGGCGGCCGCAGCCCCAGCUCCGGGGCCGACCCCGGAGGCGCAGACGCCCCCCGCCCAGGCGGGCCCCGCCGCUGCCCGUGCUCCCCGCCGCCCGCGUCUCCCUGCAUCGGUGGGGAGGCUGCAGCCCCCACUGCUGCCUGCGGGCGGAAGCCCUGGUGGUCCUGGGCCGGGCCCCCCGCGCCCGCUGGGCCCCCCAGCAGGACUGGCACUGGGCCCGGCGCUACGGGCUGCCCUACGUGGUGCGCGUGGACCUAAGCCGGGUGGCCCCCGCCCCGCCUGCCGCCCCCCCGCCCCUGGGGACCCCGGGCCCACUCCCCCUCCCCAAGCAGGCCCUCGCCUUUGCCCCCUUCUCCCCGCCCAAGCGCCUGCGGCUGGUGGUCAGCCACGGCUCCAUAGACCUGGACGUCGGCAGCGACGGGCCCUGACGGCUGCCUGCGGCCUGGGCCCCCCGGAGCAGGGGUCCCUCCGAGACCCCGGCCUGGCUGCCCGGGACGCAGGACCCCAGCAGGAGCGCAGAACUCUGGGAGGGAGCGGACCCCGACCCCAGCACAGCCCUGACCUGGCAGGGGCUUGGUUGGGCCCCCCCAGGGCUCUGACCCCUGACCCUUGUGACUGCUGACCCCUGAGCCAUUGCGGCCCUCCCAGCCCCGCCUCAGGACCGGAGACCUCCCCCUCCCCUCCCCCCAGGGAGCAAAGCCAUAAGGGGUGGGGGCCGGCACCUCCCCGAAGUCCAGGCCCCAGGAUGGGGCGCCCCCGGGGUGCGUUUGCUCUGUCCGAGUGUGGUGGGGGCAAGGUGGGGGUGUCGGGGCCAGUCCCCACCGCCCAGAGCUUGGUGGGUCUCAGGGAGGCCGGUGCAACCUCGUCUUUCUCAUGGUGCUAUCCCUGGUGCUACUGGGGUGUGGGGGCUCCCUCCCUCUCCCGCACCGGAGUGUGGUGUGUUGGGGGGUCGGAAGCACUUGAACUUUUUAUUUUAUUAAAACCUUGUCAUAAGCAACACCCUGCGAGCUUUUCA